AAGUAGGAGGCUGAGUGAUAAAACAACUGCUUGUCCCACUGUUGGGGGCAAUCAGGGCAAUAUUGCUGCAGGGCCAGCGGGCUGCAGCAGGACAUUGUGCCUGAGCCAUCGUUGGAUCAGCAGCCCGGAAAGCAGAUGUGCCAAUUUCCUGUCCUUGAUGAUGAUGGGCCCUAAUUACGCCAGAGCUGUGGCAAUGUCCUUUCUUGUGCAUGACCCCUAAUUUGGUUUCGUGAAGUCGUCUGUGCCAGGUUCUUCCGGCUGCAGGGCUGGGGAACAAGUACCUUCCCAGGGCUUCUGAGCAGAGGAAAACAGACCCUCCCUUCCCGGAGAAGGAUGUCUGUAGCAGUGCCAAGCAGAUGCUCCUUCCUUCCACCUGUGGUCUCCACAUGUGUCGUAGGGCAGAGCGCAUGGAAAGGAGCCAUCCCUGAAGCAGGAUUGCCUUUGAGCUGGCAGCAGAUGAGUGAUUGGCAUUGGGCAGCACUGCUGAGACUCUGGCAGGCCGUUUAGCAGAGAACCUUGGCUAAUGAAUGUCAUCCACACCUAGCAGAUGUGCCACUGCCUGCCAUGCCAGAUUUUUGACAUAAUACAGGGCUGCUGGACACGACAGUGCUUGGGAAAAGCCAGGGGAGCGACUCGUGCCUUCAGCGUGGCGUUUGGUCCUGCUCGUGCUCUGCAAGAGGAACGAAACCUGCAGGGGGGAGAGCAGCACGUCCGCGUCUCCCGCUCCUCGGCCCUGCUCCUACGAUACAGAUAUACAAGGCAAACCAAAGGUUUCGGCUGCUAUUCAGUGCCUCCUCAUUUGUCCCAGAGCCGUAACAGUGGUGCCCUUUCUCUUCUGGCUGCUUUCCCCUGCUUCUGGAGCAGCAGUUAUGGGAGAAGCAGAUGGCUACUGAUUGGCUGUUUUGUAUCCGAAAUGACGACGAUCGGGGAGGGACCGGUAAACACAUUUCCACGCGCCCCUCACUGCACCGGGUCCGUCUGCACCGCGCGCCUCCCGCUCCGCCGCCCGCACGGCCCGGCCCGGCAUGGAGCGGCGCUGAGAGCCCGAGGCAGCCAUCCCGGAGCCGCCUUUGUGCCACUGUCGGGGCGAGGAUUAUCCCCACCGUCCCUGGGAUGGAGGACGCCGGCGUCCAGCGGGGAAUAUGGGACGGGGAUGCCAAGACGGUCCAGCAGUGCUUGACUGACAUUUUUACCAGCGUUUACACCACCUGCGACAUCCCGGAAAAUGCCAUUUUCGGCCCCUGCGUCCUGAGCCACACAUCCCUGUAUGACAGCAUCGCCUUUAUCGCCCUCAAGUCCACCGACAAGCGCACCGUCCCCUACAUAUUCCGGGUGGACACGUCGGCGGCCAACGGCUCGUCGGAGGGGCUGAUGUGGCUGCGGCUGGUGCAGUCGGCGCGGGAGCGGGAGGAGCAGAACCUGGAGGCCUACAUCAAGAGCGGGCAGCUCUUUUAUCGCUCCCUACGCCGCAUCGCCAAGGACGAGGAGCUGCUGGUGUGGUACGGGAAGGAGCUCACCGAACUGCUGCUGCUCGGCCCGGCCCGGGCCCCCGCCCGCACCAACGGCUCGCCGCCCUUCGCCUGCCCCGAGUGCAGCCAGCGCUUCCAGUUCGAACUGCCCUUCGCCGCACACCUCCGGUUCCGCUGCCCCAAGAGGCUGCACGGCCCUGACAUCGGCCCCGCCGCCGAAGCCGCCGGCGCCAAGGACGGCGCCGGCAAGGAGCAGGAGUCCGGCAAGUUCGGGAAGCCCGGCGGGCCGCCGCACCAUCCCUUCCCCGGGCCCGACGGCGGCCCCGCCGCCAGCACCAAGCCCUCCACGGACUUCCACAACCUGGCGCGGGAGCUGGAGAACUCCCGCGGCGGGCGCGCCGGGUCCCCGGGCCGGCCGGCGCCCCCCGAGGGCGGCCCCGAGGCAGCGGCCGGGAAGGCGAAGCGGCGCUUUCCCGAGGAGGAGGAGCGCGGGCCCGGCGCGGCGCGGGGCCGCUUCCCGGCGGAGCGGCCGGGGCUGCCGGCGGCGCCCAAGGAGGAGCCGGGCUGCGCCCCGCAGCAGCAGUACCGCGCCGCCGGCUCCUACUGCGGCCUGGAGGAGGGCGGGCGCCUCUUCGCGCCGCCCAGCCCGGAGACCGGCGAGGCCAAGCGCAGCGCCUUCGUGGAGGUGAAGAAGGCGGCCCGGGGCCCCGAGCCCGACGGCGGCCCCGAGGAGGGCCCGGAGCGCGGCUCCCCGGGCGCGGGCGGCGCGGAGCCGGGGCUGUGCCCCCGCGGAGGCGCGGGGGGCUCGCUGGCCGCCCGCCUGGACGGCGGCAGCCCGGCGCGGGGCAGCGCCUUCAGCACGGUGCCGCAGCUCGGGGCCGGCCCCGGGGGGCCCGGCGGCGGCGGGGCCGACGAGAGGAAAAGCGCCUUCUCGCAGCCCGCCCGCUCCUUCCCGCACGUCCCGCCGCUGGUGCUGGGGCCCAAGCUGGGCGGGCUGGGCGAGCCGUGCCCUGACGGCGCCGCUGCUCCCGGCCGCCUGUACGCCGCCGAGGCGCUGGCCGCCAAGCUGCCGGGCGGCGGGGACGCGGCGGGCGGCGGGGGCGGCGGCGGGGGGCUGCCCAAGCAAAGCCCCUUCCUCUACACCACGGCCUUCUGGCCCAAGAGCUCGGCGGCGGCGGCGGUGGCGGCGGCGGCGGCGGGGCCACUGCAGCUGCAGCUGCCGUCGGCGCUGACGCUGCUGCCGCCGUCGUUCACCUCGCUGUGCCUGCCGGCCCAGAACUGGUGCGCCAAGUGCAACGCGUCCUUCCGCAUGACCUCGGACCUGGUCUACCACAUGCGCUCCCACCACAAGAAGGAGUACGCGCUGGAGCCCCUCGUCAAGCGCCGCCGCGAGGAGAAGCUCAAGUGCCCCAUCUGCAACGAGUCCUUCCGCGAGCGCCACCACCUCUCCCGCCACAUGACCUCCCACAACUAGCAGGGACACCCCCCGGCCCCGGGGACCCCCGCGCGGGGCACCCCCGGGCCGCCCGCCUCUCCCACCCUUCCCCUUCGAUGCACGUGUUUCCACUGUCCGGGGAGGGGCGGGGAGGGCAGCGGGUGAGGAGGAGGAGGUGAAGAAGAAGCAGAAAAAUGAAGGUAAA